GGAGCCCCAGGUCAGCCGGACACCCUUGGUUUCCUCUCCACUCUGGUCCUUUAUUCCACAGGGUACUGGAGAGGAGUGUCCUUAAAGAAGGGGGCGUGUGCCAGGAGCUAGGUAGGUGCAUAGCUGUAUACCUAGCCGCCAGUGGUACUCUCAAGACAGAUGGCAGUAUCCCUGGAGCUGUUUGAUACCCCAGCUUCUAGGCUGAACUCCUUUGUGGCUCAGUGCCAGCCUAACAUCAAGGAGUGGAAAGAAGACGUGGUGAAGGCUGUGCGGUCCGUGGAGAAGUUCCUGAAGGAGCAGCACUUCCAGGGGGACCAUGGGCUGGACCAGAAGGUGUUGAAGGUGAUCCAGGUGGGCUCCUUCGGGAAUGGCACGGUGCUCAGGAACCAUGCGGAGGUGGAGCUGGAUGUCCUGAGUGGUUUUAGCAGCUUCCAGGGGGAAGCCAGCAACCACAACCACCACAAGCAUGUUCUGAGCAUGCUCUGUGAAAAGCUCACGGAUUGCCCGGAUUUGCUUCACCUCCAGCCCCAGAACCUGAGGCUGGUCCACGGAGUCACCUCUGCUGUCACCUUCACCAUUCAGACCUGGGAGAUGGAAGAGCAAGUCACUGUCACCAUCGUGCCGGCCUACAGGGUCCUGAGGCCUUCUGUUCCCAACUUUCAGCCCUCCCCAGAGGUCUAUGUGAGACUGAUUAAGGCCUGCCAUACUCUUGGACACUUCUCCCCAUCCUUCAGCGAGCUGCAGAGAAACUUCGUGAAAUACAAGCCAACCAAGCUGAAGAGCCCCCUGCGGCUGGUAAAACGCUGGUAUCAACAGUAUGUGAAAGCCAAGUGCCCUAGGGUGGAGCUGCCCCCAGUGUAUGCCCUAGAGCUACUGGCCAUCUAUGCCAGGGAAACGGGUACUGAGGAGAAGGAGCGUUUCAGGGUGGACAAAGGCCUGGCCUCUGUGCUGCUGCCGCUCACGAAGUAUCAGCACCUCUGCGUCUACUGGACCAAGUACUACACGUUGCAGAGCCCGACCACUGAGGACUUUGUCAGAAACCAGCUCAAAGAAAAGAGGCCCAUCGUCUUGGAUCCGGCUGACCCCACCUACAAUGUGGCAAUAGGCUACAGGUGGGCUAUAGUGGCUCAGAAGGCCCGCCAUUGCCUGAAAGAGUCCUGUUGCUACGACAACAAUGAGACAUGCAUCCCCAGCUGGAAACUGAAGUUUGCAUGAGACAUCAAGGUGACAGUGGAGCAGCGGGGUUGUGUGGAUUUCAUCAUCCAGGUGAACCCUUAUGAGUCCAUACAGAAGCUUAAAGAGAAGAUCUAGUGUAAGCUGGAGUCCUCGGCCCCACAGCGUCUGUCCUUCCAGGAGCCUGGUGGGGAGAGACAGGUCCUCGGGAACAUCUCCUCCUUGGCAGAUUACAGUGUCUUCUCUGACGCUCAUAUCUCUCUGCUGCAGAUUGUCUCUCCUGAGAUGCAGGUCUUCCUGAAGAAUCCCAGUGGUGGGAGCCACGCCUAUGCCAUUUACUCCAGCAGCUUAGUCCUUGACCUGAAGUGUCAGAUUGAAGUGAGGGAGGGGCUACUCAGAAAGAAGCAACAGCUAGAGUUCCAAAGCCAAGUCCUGCAGGAUGAGUGGAGUUUGAGUUUCUGUGGUGUCCGAGACAGCACCACCCUCAUCAUCUCCAAGAAGACAGCUGAAUAGGUUCUAUUUCCACCCAGUUAGUUUCCUCUGAAACAUCUCUCUGUGCGUUUUUGCUGUUUAAUCUAGGUCCCAUCGAUUUCACCUAACCUUGCCAGUAGACGGAUGACGAGGGAUGUGAGACUAGAUAUGCAAACCAACAAUAGCCAGAGCAUAUUUGACACUAGAAUUCUGACCCACAAGCUCUGCAGCCACCAGCCUGGAAGCCAAACCAUUGUAUCAACUAACUGGAAACCAUCAGGAUUUAGCCAACAACUACUAGCUUCCCUAUUUCCUCCCUUUCAAUUUAGGACUGAUGAAAGAAAGCCAAACAAGCUCCCUGACCGAUCAUAUAGGAUGCUCUGCUUCUAAUUAGCCCACCUCCAGCUUCCCAUGCAAACAACCUCAACUGGGGUAUACCUGAAGGCUUCUCUUUAUGCCACUAUAAAGCUGUCUCACCGCCUUCCUGGCCUUGGUGUCUUUGCCACAGGCAAGGGAUGGUGGCUAACCCCCUGGCUAUAGCGAUUUGGGAAUAAAUAAUCUUCCUUUG